GCGCGCACGGUACAAAUCAGUCGUCGUCAUGGCAUCAAUCAGUGUAGUUGGGGUUUCAGUGUGCUGCCUUUUGGCAGCGCUCUCACCUGCCUUAGUGCAGGCCGAGAUGGCCCGGUACGACAAUUACCGCGUUUACAAGCUAAACAUCGAGAGUGUGGAACAGCUUCAGCUGCUGCAGCUCAUCGAACAUCACUCGGAUGGGUACACCUUCCUUAGCGAUCCGGUGAACCUGAACACUACCGUUAAGCUUGUCGUUGCUCCCCACAAGGCGGCAGAAUUCGGAGAGUUCAAUCAACGGUUCUCGUUGAACGCUGAAGUUGCGUUCGAGAAUCUGCAGGCGUUAAUCGAUCGUCAGCUGCGUGGACGGAGGGAAACGUUCGGCUGGACCGCUUACCAAACGCUGGAGGAUAUUUACACAUGGCUGGACACGCUGAUUGAGCAGUACCCGGACGUGGUCAGCCCGAUAGUGGCCGGGGAGAGCUAUGAAGGCCGUGAGAUUCGUGGUGUGAAGGUGUCGUACAAGCAGGGCAACCCGGCCGUCUUUAUGGAAGGCACUAUUCACGCACGGGAGUGGAUCAGUGCCGCUACAGUGACCUGGAUACUGAACGCGCUGCUUACAUCGGAAGAUUUGACGGUUCGAAACAUUGCCGAGAACUAUGACUGGUAUGUGGUGCCGGUGGCGAAUCCGGACGGGUACGUGUACACGCACACUACUACGCGUUUGUGGCGCAAAACACGCUCGCGUCAGAAUGUCCUUUGCUACGGCGCGGAUCCUAACCGCAAUUGGGACUACAAGUUUAACCAGGGAGGAACCUCGACGAUUCCCUGCUCCGAUACCUUCUCUGGGCCAUCGCCAUUUUCGGAAAUCGAGACUCGCACACUGUCAGAGUACAUUCGCUCCAUUCCCAACCUGUCGACCUAUCUAGACUUCCAUGCGUCUGGUCAGCUGCUCAUGAUACCAUACGGCCACACAAGAGAGCCACUAGAUAACUACUACGAACUGAUGGAAAUUGGAACAAAGGCCGCUGCAAAGCUGCAGGAGCGUCACGGUAGCAUCUAUAAGGUUGGAAACAUUGCCGAGAUUAUCUAUGUGGCCUCUGGUAGCAGUUUGGACUGGGUGAAGGGGACUCUUCAAACUCCGCUAACCUUUGCCUACGAGCUACGAGAUACUGGCGAGUAUGGAUUCCUACUACCUCCGGAACAGAUCAUCCCCACGGCGGAAGAAACGCUUGACUCGGUCAUCGUGAUCUUGGAGGAAGGCAAAGCAAUGGGUUACCAUUGAACUGUUAACUGUUGAAUUGAUUGAAUAAAGUCUUAUCGCUGUGAGGCACUUCAGUCCUGCUCUUGCACAACACAGUGACAAAAAAAAUCCUCUA